UCGAAAUGCCCAUGGGAUUCAUAAUGGUGUUAUGAACUCAGAAUAGUGGGGGUAAAACCGAAGACCAUUCCACACCAUCGCAACCAUAAUCUGAUUGAAUCUUCAUUCAUUUUAAACCAAUUGAAAAUUGACGUUACGUUGAUAAAUUGGACAAAACGAAGGUGUUAUAAACCAAAUCGACAUUAAAUGUUACAUGUGCUUCAAAAUUUUUCAUUGAGACCGGUGGAGAACCACUAGUCCCACUGUUAUUUAUUUUCUGAGGAACUGGAGUGUAAAUAAAUAAAUAAAUGUCAGUUUCCCAAAUUCAACGAUAAAUACCCCUAAAAUUAAAGUAAAUACUUCGGAUAAUGGGCUCGAUUGUCCCUGAACAGCCUGUGGAGCUGCCCUUAGGACCACCCCCAAUUCUCUUGGACAUUCGCGACGAAUUGAAGGAGUACAUAGAAUGCCCAGAGAGACUGCCAAUCCACCAGGUAGAGAAUGUCCAGCUCUACUGGCCCCGAGAGCCCGAGAUCCUGGCCCUCCUAGAGUUCGACCUAUCUCCUGUGGGAACAACCCUAAAAUUCGACAGAGAUCCCAUCACAGGACAAAUUUGUGAGAUGCGUGAGGAUGUCCUCCAGGGUGCCGGGGAGAAUGCCAAGAAUUCAAUGUCCAUGACACGAGCCCCUGGUCCUCCCAUGGAGGGUGUUCAAGGAAACUCCAGCAACUUCCCCUUCUGGCCUGGUGGUUUCGACGAACCAGAAGCCCCAAAGGCCUCCUCAACAGCCCAGGACGUGGACUUCCAAAACAACCUGCGCACCGUGGCCCGAGGUUUCCGUUCAGGUGUCGAAUUUGCUCCGGACAACUUCACGGUGAAGACCACCGCCACCAAAGAGGACGAUCCAUCGAUCCAAAAGAGAAGGAAAAAAGGAAAGGAGAUUUGCAGUAACUCGAAGCCCCUGGAGAAGGUAAACUUGAUGGCAAUGCUGCACGACGAGGAGAGUCACCUGGGCAUGUGGUCCGAGCCCUCCCCAGAUGACAAGGAGCCGACGAAAGACGUCAUCGACAAUUCAACAAUCGAUGGUCUCGACGUCCUGAACUUCAACGACUUCACUCCGGUCUUGAAACUGAUGGAGAAGCCGAAGAGUACGGCGAAGCAGGCGGAGUGGGCGGAGCAGCUGGACGUAUCUGUACCAGUGGUAGACUUCGAUAAAAAAGUUCCCAACCCAGCGAUAACAUUCGACUACGAGUUGGACACCUUCCAGAAGCAGGCGAUAAUAAAAUUGGAGCAGGGCUGUAAUGUUUUCGUGGCAGCUCACACAUCAGCUGGUAAAACAACAGUCGCUGAGUACGCGAUAGCCCUGUCUCAACGUCACAUGACGAGAGUAAUCUACACAUCUCCAAUAAAAGCCCUGUCCAACCAGAAAUAUCGAGAUUUCAAACGAAACAAACACUUCGAGAGUGUUGGACUGGUAACCGGUGAUAUGCAGAUCAAUCAGACCGCAAAUUGUCUCAUAAUGACAACUGAGAUCCUCCAGACGAUGCUGUACAAUGCAUCUGAAGUCCUUCGUGAUCUAGAGUACGUAAUAUUCGAUGAGGUUCAUUACAUCAACGACGAACACCGAGGCCACGUCUGGGAGGAGAUCGUCAUUCUUCUUCCUCCAAAUGUCAACAUUGUGAUGCUGUCAGCAACAGUACCCAAUCCCCUGAUCUUUGCCAACUGGGUGGGGAACAUCAAGAAGAAGAGGAUGUACGUGAUAAGUACGUUGAAGCGUCCAGUUCCCCUGAAGCACUAUCUCUAUGGUGGGACCAAUGGAAAGACGAGAAACGACAGAUUUCUGGUGCUCGAUGGAGACGCACAGUUCAAGCUGGACAACUGGUAUCAGAUUAAGAUGAUAAAGGAUGGAAAAGCGAAUGAGAAGAAGAAUGCACCGCCAAAAGGCAGCAACAGGAGACAGCAGUUGUCACCCAAGCAGGAGAAGACCAUGUGGGAGGCUUUCAUAGCUCAUCUGAGGGAGGACGACAAACUGCCAGUAGUGAUAUUCACCCUAUCGAGGAACAGGUGUGAUGCCAAUGCUGAUGCACUGAUGUCAGUUGAUCUAACAACUGCCACGGAGAAGGGACACGUGGGGGCUUUCUUCAGAAAGUGCAUUAAGAGACUGAAUGAGGCUGAUCAACAAUUGCCCCAGAUCAGACGCAUGGCUGGACUCCUGGAGAGGGGAAUUGGCGUUCAUCAUAGUGGAAUACUUCCCAUUCUCAAGGAAAUUAUUGAACUGCUGUUUCAGAAUGGAGUUGUUAAACUGUUAUUUGCUACGGAGACAUUCGCCAUGGGUAUCAACAUGCCAGCGAGAACAGUUGUCUUUGAUUCAGUUCGAAAAUUCGAUGGAAAGCAAUUUCGUAGCCUUCUACCAACUGAGUACAUUCAGAUGGCUGGAAGAGCUGGACGUCGUGGUCACGAUAAAGUGGGAACAGUCAUUGUAAUGUGUAAAACUGAAGUACCAGGUGUUCUCGAUUUGAAAGGAAUGAUGUGUGGUGAACCCCAGAAUCUUCAGUCUCAAUUCAAAAUUACUUACUCAAUGGUUCUCAAUUUACGAAGGGUCAGUGAGUCUGUCAGCAUCGAGGAUAUGAUGAGGAGAUCCUUCAAGGAGCGAUCUUUCACUACUGACAAGAACAAGUGGCUUACUGAGCUCGAAGAGAUCAACGAAACCCUUGCUAAACUGCCACAGGAGAAUCAGGUUCAGUCGGAAUUGUCCAAGUUCUACAAACUGGGAAUGGAGUAUCAGGAGGAGUGGAAGUCCCUCUAUUCCCAUUUAUUCUCAUCGAAGAAAGUCGUUAAGGCCCUUGUACCUGGACGAGUCCUCAUUAUUUCUCACAGGCAUCACUACAACAAGCUGGGACUUCUCCUUCAACUCACCCAGAGAAAGGAGAUCACUGAGUACACUGUACUGGUUCUCAAUGAUGUAUCUGAUACCAGGGUGAACAAUAAACCUGAUAAUUGGUAUAAAUUGCUAGCACUUAUCAAGAAGAAUAUUUUCGUUCCUGAGGGGCUGCCCGCCCACGAAGUAUUGAACAUUCAGGGUGAAAGUGUCAUGGAGGUAACAAGCUGCUGUAUCAAUAUCGAUGCUGCCAUAGUUCUUAGGGAUUGGUCCAACAGGCAGCUUCCCAGGUUUCACAAUGAUCCACCUGGACAAACCUGUCAGAUGGCCAUUCAGCAGCUGAAUUCCCUGUCUCUACAGGCACUCAGGACACCAACUGUCCUCGAGCCAUACGUCGAGGGCUUGGUUUCUAACCCUGAGAUGAUCAAGAGGUCUAAGAAUAUGAUAAAACUCCAGAAGCAGAUACACGAUGUCAAGGCUAUCGACAUACCGAAUUUUGAGGAGCAUUUUGAAGAGGUCUUUGCGAGGAAUGAGCUCGAGACAAGACGGAGGAAUCUUCAAUUUCAGCUCAGUGAUGAGAGUAUGGCUCUUUACCCUGAGUAUGUUAACAGAGUCGAGGUUCUUAAACAGCUGGGGUACAUCGACACUGAUGACAGGAUUACCUUGAAGGGACGUGUGGCUCUUGAUAUGGGAUCUCACGAACUUCUUAUCACCGAACUCGUCUACAGGAACAUCCUGACAAAUCUUCACCCAGCGGAAAUUGCUGCACUCAUUUCGGCUCUGGUCUUUCAGGGAAAGGGUGAUGCCAAGGACAAGCAAAUUCCUGACAUAAAGCUGCCGAUUCUCAAGGAUAAUUGCAAAAUUAUUGAAGAAGUUAGGACGGACAUCGAGCGGAUUGAGUUGACCUACGGUGUUGAACCUGUCGAGCCCCUGUCCUUCGGACUUGUUGAGGUGGUGUAUGAGUGGGCUAGGGCUGAGUCCUUCGCGAAGAUCAUGGAGUUGACAGACGUGCAAGAAGGAAUUAUCGUCCGGUGUAUUCAACAGUUGAACGACACCUUACAGGACAUCAAAACUGCUGCUCAUAGAAUUGGGGAGACUGUCUUACAAGAGAAAAUGGCGGAGGCUUCCACUGCUAUCAAGAGAGAUAUCGUUUUCACAGCGUCUUUGUAUACUCAAGAUUGAUAAAAAAAAUUUUUUAUGAAUUCUUUUUUCAACUAAACGAGAGCAAAUGCAUGGACUGCA